AUGGUUACAGGUAUUGAGACUACUGGAUUGGUCCUAGCCAUCCUUCCACUCAUUAUAAAUCAGCUUGAUAGCUAUGUCCAGGGUGUGGAAACGAUCAAGUCCUUCCGAACCAAGAGAUAUCGCCGGUAUCUAGAUGAACACGCAGCGAUGCUCGGCGGACAGCAUGCAAUCCUGCUUAAUUGUCUGGAAACAAUUUUGGAAGAUGUUGUUCCAGAGUAUCAGAUUUCGAUACUCCUGGCAGAUACGCAGGAUCCACUGUGGGCGGAUCCAAUCCUUCAGAGAGAUCUUAAACAAAGGCUAGGCCGGAGCUAUACACCAUUCUGUGACAUCAUGAGCCAGGUGUCCCACGUCUUAGAGGAACUUGCAAUCAAAAUGGGGCUCUCUUUGGGUACGGCAACCACAAAAACUCAGCCUUUCGGUGCAUCCCAAGGAUUUCAAAGAAUCAAGGAUAUAUUUUCGAAAAAUAUAUGUAAAGAGCUUUUUCAAGAUUUGGAGUAUAUGAACAACAUCAUCAGAACGCUUGUCGAGCAGUCUGUGACCCGAAGUACGCAGCGAAGACUUAAGACCAGAUCGAAAGAAUCGACGAGAAGGUACAAAGCAAUUCGGCAAACAACAGCUAGCCUUUACGAGGCAAUAAUGAACAAAGCAUAUUGGCAAUGUGCUUGUUUUGACACCCACACUCUUCAUUUUUUUCUCAACAAGGAUAUCAACGUUUGCGAGCGGUUGGAACCGGACGGGGUUCGUUUGGUUUUCAUGACGUCUCCAACCACCACAGCUUCUACUAAAUGGCACGAGAUACAAGCAAAGACAGCGGAAAAUUGUUCUACAAGUGUCAAUUUACCCCCGCCAAUUAUGACGCGAUCGCGUACUUUACGCUCUGCUCCACCGCCAGCCAAUUCAACCAUCUAUGCGACCCCUGGCACAUCCAGCAAUGCCCCUUCCUCCCAAAUCUCAAACAUAUGUGAAGCAAUUUAUGGCUGUUUGACUCCCACCGACCAAGGACUACCCAUUGGUUAUUUAUCUGACGGGAACUAUACCCAUAAUUUCCAAGUUUUGAAAGCGGGAGCUGGAAAGUUCGAAGUGCACUCACUUGAAGACUUGCUUCUAGCAUCACUGACGAUCUCUGGAAACUUCCGCACACCUUUCAUAUUUCCCAAACGGGAUCGUCGGUUUCUAGCAGCGAAACUGGCGAGUACCGUUCUUGAAUGUCACGGCAGCUGGCUUCCAUCCCGGUGGUCGUCUCGCAAUAUCAUUUUUACCGGAAAUAUUACCUCCACGAAUCUCGAAAAGUCGAUUCAGACCCCUGUUAUAGCUCGAAAAUUAUCUGAUUACACAGAGUUUGAAGGUUAUUCCCUCUCCGGGGCAGGAUACAAUGAUAUUCUUUUCCCUUUGGGGCUAGUUUUGAUUGAGCUUUCACUUGGCCGCACAAUCACCUCCCUUCAUACCCCCGGCGAUGGAGGCCAAGAUGGGUCUACCGCACAGUUUGAACAGGUCAGAAGUUGGAUAUAUGAUGUUUGCUGCGAGUGUGGCCCAAAUUACGGGGACGUUGUUCAGCAGUGCCUAAUUUGGACCAAGACUCGUGAAGUGAACAUUGAGAAUGAGGAAUUCCAGGCCGCAGUGUUUCAAUAUAUCAUAAAGCCUCUUGUUGAAGACUACAGACAAUUCAAUGACCCAUGA